GGCAGACUCUGCCCUAAGGCCAAGACAGCUCACCCACAUGUACUGCUUCUCGAAUCACAAACGGCCUACCCCCAGGCUGUUUAAUGAUCAAUUCCUUGACUCUUGAAAGCAGCUGGCCUCUCCCUCUUUGUUGCUGGGUCCAGGCACGAUGUCCGCAGAAGACUUUCCUCCGGCUGAAAUGCCCACUCCUUCGCCCCACUUCAGCGUUACUGAUGUGAUCGUCGUGGUGGCGUAUUUCCUUUUGAAUUUGGCAGUGGGGAUAUGGUCUUCCUGCAGGGCAAACAGAAACACUUUGAGUGGAUACUUCCUGGCUGGGAGGAACAUAGCCUGGUGGCCGAUCGGUGCCUCGCUCUUUGCCAGCAGCGAAGGAUCGAGCCUUUUCAUUGGACUGGCUGGCACAGCAGCUGCAGGAGGGGUAGCAGCGGCCGGCUUCGAAUGGAACGCCACCUUUGUCCUUCUGGCGUUGGCCUGGGUGUUUCUUCCCGUCUACAUCUCUUCAGGGAUUGUCACCAUGCCAGAAUACCUCCAGAAGCGUUUUGGCGGGGAGAGAAUCCGGAUAUACCUCUCAUCCCUGUCUCUCCUGCUUUCCAUCUUCACCAAAAUAUCGACAGACCUGUAUUCAGGAGCCCUAUUUGUUCAAGUGUGCCUAGGCUGGAAUCUCUACCUUUCCACCGUCCUCAUGCUGGUCGUCACUGCCAUUUACACCAUUGCAGGUGGGCUGGCGGCUGUCAUCUAUACAGAUGCUCUGCAGACUCUCAUCAUGGUCAUUGGAGCCACCAUCCUGACAGUAACAGCUUUCGGCGAGAUCGGCGGCUACCAGAACCUGGAAGAAGCUUACUUAAAGGCCGUGCCGUCUAAGAUCAUCCCCAACACAACCUGCCACGUGCCCAGGCUCGAUGCGAUGCACCUCUUCCGGGAUCCCGUCUCCGGAGACUUGCCCUGGACCGGAAUGACCUUUGGGCUCUCGGUGGUGGCCACGUGGUACUGGUGCACAGACCAGGUCAUUGUCCAGAGGUCUCUCUCAGCAAAGAACCUCAAUCACGCCAAGGCCGGAUCCAUCCUAGCCAGCUAUUUAAAAAUGCUUCCCAUGGUUGUCAUCAUCAUGCCUGGAAUGAUAAGCCGGAUCCUGUAUCCAGAUGCCGUUGGCUGUGUCGACCCCGAAGAAUGUUCCCGAGUGUGUGGGUCCGAGGUGGGCUGCUCCAACAUCGCUUACCCCAAACUGGUGAUUGAGCUUAUGCCCAGUGGUCUGCGAGGGUUAAUGAUCGCCGUCAUGAUGGCUGCUCUGAUGUCAUCCCUGACCUCCAUCUUCAACAGCAGCAGCACCCUCUUCACCAUGGACAUCUGGCAGAAGGUCCGGAAGGAGCCCAGUGAGAAAGAGCUGCUUCUGGUUGGAAGGAUAGUCACUAUUGUCCUAGUUGCUGUCAGCGUGGUUUGGAUCCCAAUCCUGCAGAGCUCCAACAGCGGACAGCUCUACAUCUACAUCCAAUCUGUCACUAGCUACCUUGCCCCACCCGUCACGGCUGUCUUCCUCUUGGCCGUUUUCUGGAAGCGAGCUAAUGAACAGGGGGCUUUCUGGGGCCUGAUGGUGGGGCUGGUCAUUGGCCUGAGCCGGAUGGCCUUGGAGUUUGCGCACCCCACGCCCCGGUGUGGUGUCCCGGACAGGCGCCCUUCCGUCGUGAAGGACCUCCACUAUCUUCACUUCGCCACCCUCCUCUUCCUGCUGACUGCCAUGGUGGUGGCAGGCAUCAGCUUGCUGACUCAGCCACCCGCCGAAUCCCAGGUAAAGUUUGUGACUUGGUGGACUCUUCGUGAGGAGUCCCUACCUCCCCAACUCCCCAACCCCAAAUCGCUGCCUGAGGAUGGCUUUUCCAGCACACAGAACGAUGAUCUCCCGGAAAGCCUCCCGUGGAGUUGCUUUGGCAACGGAAAGGCCUGCGCCCCCUGCGUCAUGAAAGCUGGAAACCCCCCAGGGAAGCCCCCUGGGGGCAAGACAGAGUUCCGCUUCUGGGCUCAGAUCUGCUGUGCAAAUGCCCUUCUCCUGAUCUGUGUCAAUGUGUUUUUCUAUGCUUAUUUUGCUUAAGGGAUGUCUUCUGGAAAGUUCCUCAAAGAAGACAGGGAGGAGUUUGGGGUGGGUGGGGAGGGGAAGAGAGAACUGGUGUGUACGUGGAAGAUGGGAAGUAUUCUCUGAUACCAGUGGAUUGCUUUAUUUAAAUAUUAUAUUUCAGCUACUGAUGGGGCCGUACUAAGCUGCCAAGAGGAAGAGUUGUAGCUCAGUAGAGUAGAGCAGCUGAUCUGCAUGCAAAAGAUCUCAGGUUCAAUCACCAGGUAGGGCUGGGAAUACCCCCCACCUGAAACCUUGGAGAGCUGCUGCCAGCCAGUAUGUACAGUACUGAGUUAAGAUGAGCAAAUGGUCUGACUCAGUAGAAGGCAGCUCCUUUUGUGCAUUAAUCCAGGGUGGGAAACUUUGGGAUUUUAUAAGGUACUCCACUGGAGUUGACACUGGACCUUUGGGCUAGCAUAUGCAGAUUUAUUUUUUACUUUUUGCAACCAAGGGGACUAGAAUCUU